UGUCCAAAAUGUAAAUAUUAACAAUUUUGAGGAAAUGGCACACACAAUUAUUUCCAUACCACUGAAAACAAUUUAUAUAUUUGAAAACAUAGUGGAUAUAAUUUAUUUUCGGGCUUUAAAUAGACCCGAUUUUACAGUUUUAUAUGCAAAGUUAUGUGCAUACAUGGCCAAUCAUGCUGCAUUUAAUAAACUUCACAAUUCUAAAACUACUUUUCAAAAUGUUUUAGCACAAAAAAUCUUCGAUAUGUUUACCUCAUAUUAUACUCGUACUCCUCAGAAUGAAGUACAUAAAUUGAAAAAAAAUUUUAUGAACAGUAAUAUGACCCCAUCUUUUUUCAAGAAUAUAUUGAAUAGUUUUCAUUUCCAAUAUUAUAAAAGGUCUUUAGCCCAUUGCAAGUAUGUUUUCAAGUAAAAUUAAUUAAUA